AAUAAUAAUAAUAAUAAUAAUAAUAAUAAUAAUAAUAAUAAUAAUAGUGAAUUUCCUGUUUCUAUUUGUCAUUGUUCCGAUGGUGUACAGGCAGAGUGGGAUACAAACAGAAAUGAAGCCACUCGUAUUCUCCACGGUGGUGUAAUUACCGGUCAGGAGUACAAUACCGUAUUGUUUCUACCCACACCAGCAUUACAAAUUGUCUGUGGAAGUGAAAACUCUAUGAUUACAGUAAUAUCAGCUGUAAAUCAUAAUAAUAAUAAUAAUAAGAAUGCCGUUAUGCAUAUGGAUAAGAAAAGAAGAGGAAGUAGUAGAGAGAUGAUUUCUCCCAUUACAUUAUGUGGACCGCAUGAAUCCAAUAUUCUCGCUAUGACUCUCUGUGGAGUAGAGAAAAAUAAUGUACGGUUUGCAACUGUUGGUGGUCUUGCCACUCUCGCCUUAUGGGAAUGGGAUCUACAUUAUGAUUGGCGUGUAAUUGCCCACUUUAAUCAACAACAACAACAAGAAGGAAAAGGAAAAGAAGAUAUUCAUUGUGUUCCUCGUUUUCUUUCUAUAUGUGCUACUCAUAUAGAUAUUGUGAUUGGUAGUAGUGAUGGAAGAUUGAAAGUAUUUCCACUUGCUAAUAUAAUGGAUGGGUGUUGUGAUCAUCAUAAUAUAAUGUUAAUGCCAACAGCAGCAAAGCCAAUAACGGCAAUAGCGACACUUUGCCCAAUCAAACGCCUUGUGAUUGCAGGGGAUACAAAUGGUACCAUUGCGGUAUGUGAUGUGAAGCGUAAAAGAAUAUCGACACCUCUCGUUUGUGCAAAAUCUGCUGUGAAUGCCCUUGCGGUUGGACGAAAAAUAAUAACACAACAACAACAACAACAACAAGAUGAGGUGAAUCCUAUUUGGCGUGUACUUGCAGCCAUGGACUCUGGUGAUGUGAUGCUUCUGCAUGUAAAUAUCUCAAGAGUGGAGAUUAUCUCUACUGUGCGUGUGGGUCUCACCGCUGGUCGUGGUGUUUCUUGGAUCUCCACUCAACAACAACAACAAGUAAAAGAAGAAGAAAAGAAAUCAUAUGAUGAUGAUGGUGAUUGUGAAGAUAUUGCAAUUGCUGUGAAUGAUGAACGUAUUACAUUUCUUCGGGUAUAUUCAAAAUCUCCCACAGAAGAAGAAGAAGAAGAGAAUGACGAUAGUGUAAAGGAGGAACUUUGUGUAGAUUGGCACAGACGAGUAAAUAUACGUGGUGUUAGUGGUAUGGUGGUAACGACUGUAGAAGAAGAGGAGGAGAGUAGUGGUAUACCAAUGUGUAUGUGUGUAGUGGUGGGCCAAGGUGUGGAGAUGAUUCCAUUCUCUAUUGAGAGAAGAUAA